UGCUGCUGCAUCGUCUUCUCGCCUUGAUUGGGAUUUUUUGCAUGGCGCCGAGAAAAGUCUUUUCCACCCAACCACAUCACCAGCACAGCUCACGAGUUCACGAAUGGCAACGCGCAAGCAGCCGGCCAGCUGCAAUCAGAGCAUAUCAAGCCAACGUAGCCCCCAGGCUCCAUCACGCCGCCCAUCUGUCCUUACCCCAACAUCGGUCUCAUCACAUCGCACCCCGCAAUUGUCGAGACGGCUGUCGAAAAUACACAGGGCACAGGCUCCGCCACACGAUGGCGGUCUUUGCCUUCUUGUCCUACUUCAAGCCGUGGUGGAAGCAGACAGAUACGGACUACGAGACUGUGCUUUCUCGCUUGACAUCCGACAUUACGGAGGUGCAAACUCGAUUGACGCAGGUCAAGACGCGAGAGAGGAGAGCGAGCGUGACCUUGACCUUCAACGCCUUCUUCCUCUACGCUGCUUAUGUCGCAUGUUGCUGGUACCUGCGCCCGCUUAUCACCUCACACCCAAGAGGUGUCGUCGUUGCCGCCUAUCUACCUGUUGUGCUCAUUCCUUUCCUCAUCAUUUACACUCGGCGCAUCGUCCGAUGGUGGUACAAUCGCAUCUCUGAGGGCGAAGAGAAACAUCUGCGAUCGCUGCAGCGAGCGCGUAGGACGAAAAUCGACGAGAUCAAACGUGCUUCCAGGUUCGAUUAUAUGCGAAUGCUGCUGGACAAAUACGACGACAUUCAGCCACCUUCUCGAGCUCGUCAGGCUGCAUCGAGUGCCAAAAUCGGAGACUCGCCAGCGAAGGGCCCUGGUGGUGGUUUAGCAGCGCCGGGAAGUAGUCCGCGAUCCAGACCGACUACUGCACCAGGCAACGCCAGUCGAGCUCCAUUUUCCAACGCAUCUACACCACCUGUGCCGGCAGUGCCUGGCAACGGCUCUGCACACGCGCCGCCUCAUGAUCAAGCUGGCACAGCCAAAACGCCAGCUCAGGGAUCAGCGGUACCCUUGGCUGCGCAGGCCGUACCACCUCGCACCUGGCUGGAUCGCGUAGCAGACCUUAUCUUGGGCAGUGAGAAUGGAGACGGCACCUUGAGAGACGAGCAGAAGUACGCCCUCAUAUGCAAGGAAUGUCUCAACCACAAUGGGCUAUGCUUGCCGAGCGAGAUCGAGGAGAUACAAUACAUUUGCCCAAAGUGCGGCACGUUCAACUCUCGAAGGCCUUCUACCGCACCCAUCUCAUCUCCCUGGGGCCGAGCACGCUUCGAUUCCACAGCCAGCAUCCAGAGUAUGAGUGGGGCAUCCCCGUCACCCAACUCGAGGGCGCAGGGCGAAAGGGGACAUCAAAGACCGCAUAGCGUUGCAGGAUUCUCUACGGACUUCUUGACCCCCGAGAGAGCUUUGAGCGAUCGAGAAGGUUCCGGAAGACCCCUUUCGCCCUUGCACCAACCAGUGACCGGCGCAGACCAUGAGCUGGAUGGCGACAGUGAAGCGGAAGUGGAAGAGGAAGCGUGGGAAGAGCUGCGAGAUUCGGAAGAGGAUGACACGCCACCGGACGAACCACUCAAUUCGAGCGACCCUGCAGGCACGAGAUCGUCAAGAGCCUCGGGUAAGGGGUUGGCCGGGUCGAAGGGGCCCAAGUCUCGCGGAAGCGGACCUACGCGCAGGUCCAGCACACUCAGAAGUAGACGCUCGGGCAAGCCGGACCUUAUGGACGUCGAUUAGGCGAAGUCCCUUGUGGGACUCUCGUGGCCGAAUGGCUUGCCAGAAGCUUGCAAUCGUUUAGUCAAGUGAUGCUGUAAUAGUAAGCGAACUUAUCACCAUUUCGCUUGUAAUCGCGCAACCGUAGUGUGG